AUGGUACUCGAAGAAAUUAAGAACGCUAAUCACAAAGUUAUGCUACAUCGAAGAAGUCAACGUAAGAUACCGCAAGACUUUAAAGAUAAAUUAUUGCCACCUUCAAAGCGUUUGAAAACUGCAGAGAGUAUAGAUGGUGAUGAUCUUAGUUCUCGGUGUCCUUCCGAUGAAGAUGAAUCAUUACCUUUAUCCCCACGAAUCCGAAGUCCCAUUCAAUUCAGAAGUACGGAAAUUCCCGAUUCGGAUGAUGAAGGGGAAGAUGAAGCGGAGCAGAUUGUGGCUCCCAGAUUGACGGAAUUGGAGAGUGCAUUGCCACCAGUUGUUAUCAAUAAGAAUGCAAUUGCUGAAUAUGAAGCAAUGCGUGCCGAAAACGAAAACUUUCCAGAUGAUCUCAAAGCGAGGUUGACUGGGAGGACUUGGGAGAGAGGUAAAAGUAGUAUUUAUAGUGAUGCUUUCAAUCUUGCAUUGGAAACUGUGUUAGAGGAUGAAGGGCAUCUGUUCGAUGAGAAGGAAGUGGAAGUUUUCACGCAAUGGAGAGAAUUGGAUUAUGAAGCUCAAUAUUUGUAUGUACGUCUUUUCUUACGAAAAACUUCAGCAUGGCAUCGUAUAAACCGUUUGGGUUAUCAUGGAGAUUUGACGGAUGUUUCUGCAGCUUCGAAAGUUCUGCAAUCUACCCGAGCAUUACCAGAAUCAACUGCAACAGUUCAAGUCAAUCCAGCAGAGUUGGGACCUCCCGAAGGAACAGUCCUUGGAGACUCGUUGACUUUUGCUGAUUCGUCAGAAGAUCAAAUCAGAACCUUAGAUGAGGCAUUAUCCCUAUUGAACCUGGAUGAACUAAAAGGCUUAGCAAAGGAACUCAAGGUUCAAGGAAAAAAUAAACCUGAUAUACUAAAAGCACUUCGUGAAACAAGUCGAAGACAGGCUGGACUCGGUUAUGUUGGGUUGAAAAGAGCCGAUAGUGCUUUGAAAUCAAACCCUACAACUCCAGAUGGAUCGAUUCUCGAAGAAGAAGACGACAGUCUCGAUCAUGUGAACAGAGAUGUUCAUUUCCUCAGAAAGAUCAUGGCUAUCACAGGACCGUGUAUACGACUUUCACUGCCAGCUUUGAACUUAUUCGAACGAGUCCAUCUCGUCUUUUACAGAUCAACCGAAUGGACCGAUAAGUCUCUAACCACAAUCAUUCUUGCCAGAAUCUCCCGCCGUAACUUCCCCUCUUAUAUUGUCUCACGAUCAACCAAUAUCUUCCCCACCCGUUCCACCCUCCUCGAAUUUGAAGCAUCAAUUCGAACGCAAUACCGCGUCGACAACAUUCUCGACGGCCAUCCAGGCAAAUCCGACCUAGACCAAGUUCUUGAAACUUUCGAAGCCAUAUAUCCCCGUUGGAAGAUUCUCCUGGAAGAAGAACAACGCAAAGAAGACUCCAUAUAUGAAAGUGGAGAGGGAGGCUACCUUCGUCGAUUUUCUCCAGCAUGGGUCUACACACGCAUCGUGCAUAAAGCCCUCUACGUACUCGGACGAUUUAAGUUCUACGAAAAAGAAUACGCUCUACUCAUCGAACUCCUUUCUCAGAAGCUUUUUCAUUCAUCCCGAAGGGGUGCAUGGUAUCAACGUAAAGCUCUUCUAGAAGAACAUUAUAUGUAUAAUCUCCUCCCAACCCCAGGAAUUAAAGAUCUAGAACAACGAAAACGUCAUUGGAAACGUAUUUCGCUCAAAACAUGUGAGCAAGGUCUUCAAGAUCGACAUUGCCAUACAAUCUAUCACUACGACUUACAGAAACGAAUCCGUAAACUCGAGAAGACACUUAAGAUUCCUAAGAGAGAAAAACACGAUUUUGAGCAUGUUCUUCUCUCUAAACCCAUCGAAACAACUAUUCAAGGAAUUCAAAUCAAAAAGUCGUAUCUCACCCCCACAACUCUCCGACGCAAGUCCAGCGCACCCAAUGGAUUUGAAGAGAGACAACGCAGUACCAAAACCAUUUGGUUAGAUGAAUAUGAAUCUCCAUCAAGCCCAUCCGAAUGUUCCGUUGAACAAUUAACUCUAAGCUACUAUCGCAGUCUCGGGUUCCGCGGCUACCACUCCGAAGGUGGCAUUCUACGCACUCUAUUCGCAUACCUCUUUUUCGACAUCCUAUUUCUUUACAUCCCCAAUGUAUUUCAGACAGAAUACCAAACUUGCCCUCUAGACUUACAUACCGAGUCAUUCUAUGAAGCUCGAGCGUCGGAAAUCAAUCAUCGUAUUGUAGAGAUUGAGAAUGGAAUGGCGGCGGAGAUUAUAAGGGGGGUUUGGGAGAGAGAAGGGGAGAGAAAGACGUGUGUAGUGGGUUUGAGAUGGGACUUUGAGAGGAAGGACUUGGAGGGGAUUGUGGAGGCUUUUGGGAGUGGGCUGGGGAAGGUGAUGAGGGUUAUGGCGGAGGAGUAUAGGGUGAGAGGGGGUGGAGUGCCUGAUUUGUUUUUAUGGGAUGAUGGAGUGGAGGAAGAAGCGGAGGAUGAGCCAACGAAACAAGAGCCGGUGAAAGGGAAAUUGAAGGAAGAGAAAGAUAUCAAGAACGAAACUCCCGAAGAGGUCGAGGAGGAAAAGAAAGGGCCGCAAGUGAAGAAUGAGUACAAAAAUGGGUCACAAGACACCGUCAAAAGGAGAAGGAAAAAAGAAGUACUCUUCGUAGAAGUCAAAAGCGAGAAUGAUAGACUAAGCGAUACGCAAAGAUUGUGGAUACAUGUACUUCUAGGGGCGGGGAUCAGGGUUGAGCUUUGCAACGUGGUAGCGAGGGAGGUGAGGGUUAUUGAUGCUGAAUAG